ACAUAUUCUUUGACAAUUGAAUUUGAAAAUGCUUUUAUCGAUCUAACAGGUAAAAACACUUAUUAUUAUUCGUUUAAGAAAACUGUUUUCCAAUGGACAAAGCCUUCGAGGUACAAAAACAAGUGCGGGAAAAUGUUAAAACAUUGCAAACAUACAUGACAGAUUUGCAAAAUUGGGAGGCAGAGAUGAAACGCAAAGAGGCCGCCCUCAACGGCGAUUUUGAGCAGGAUCUACCACCUGUUAGGAGCAAGGUGAAGAAAGACAAACCUGUUGCUCCUUCUAAAAAGCUGGUGAAGAGAAUAUCCUCGUCCGAUUAUCAAUCUUGGGAGAAAUUUGAUGCGGAUAAAGCAUGUGAAGAUAUUGACAUGGCAGAGGUGGGUCCUGUGUCCCUGGACAGCAAAAACAGUCAGUCAGCAAAGCAGGAGAAAUUGAGAGAUGAAGCACAGCAUGAAAAGGAGAGAGGUAAUGCAUUUGUGAAGAAGGAGAAAUGGGACGAAGCCAUAUCAUGUUAUAGUAGAGCCAUCGAGCUGGUCCAAGACGAUGCUAUCUACUACGCUAACAGAGGUCUGUGCUACCUCAAAAAAGACAGCUUACACCAAGCCGAAACGGACUGUUCGGAGGCACUCCGCCUGGAUCCAACAUACGUGAAAGCAUAUCAACGGCGUGCAUCUGCUAGAGAGCGCCUCGGUUCCCUCAGAGCAGCAUCCCAAGACCUGAAUGAGGUGCUGAAACUGGAACCUCAUAAUCAUGCAGCUAGAAAACAAUUGGAGGCGAUUAAAGCCAGGAUGGGAACCAAAGGAUUAAAAUCAAAAAGCUCUCCAUCAUCAACUCCAACAUUAGAAGACAAACCUAUAACAUCAUCCAAAGGGAAAGCACAGUCAAAAAUAAUUGAGCUCUCAAAUGCGCCAGCUAAAGAAGAACUGUCACCAUUGGACAAGUGGAAGAACGGAAUUGGUGAAGGAAUCACUGUUAUCACCCCCGUGAAGAAACCACCCCAUUUAAGAUCUAAGAUACCAUUAAAAUCUAUUCCCAUUCAAGAAAUACCUUUAGGCAAAACAUUCCCCGAAAAGCCACCUACUCGUAUGAAGAUAAUAGACAUUGAGGACAACUUAUCGAAUGGAGACACCAACAAUAAUGACUCCAACAUAUUAGAUGACGCUAAAUUGGAGAAGAUAGACAAAGGUAAAGGAGAUGCUAGUCCGGAAUCGGUGAAGUUGAUAACAGAUGUUAAAGUCAAUGAGAAGCAGAGUCGAGUGCAAAAUAUGGUGCCACCAGUUAAUAGUGUUCAAUUUAUGGCAGAAUGGAAGUAUUUGAAAGGAAAUGAUGGCGCUAGAAGCGACUAUUUAAGUAUUAUAGAACCAUCGAAAAUUCCAACAAUCUUCGAGAAUGCUCUAGAAAGUGAUGUACUGUCCGACGUGCUGCGUACUCUAUAUCAACACACAGAUAAGUUUAAAGGGAAGUCUGUGUCUGCAUACCUUCGAGGACUCUGCACCGUGAAGAGAUUCUCCGCACUAGCCAUGUUCCUAUCUAGCAAUGAUAAGCAAGUGUUGACCAACUUGCUCCAGCACUGCAAAACAGCAGAGAACGCAAGCGACGACGAAAUAGCAGAUCUGAAAAAUAAAUAUGAAAUUUAAAGACUUAAAAAGUAACUGUAAUAGGUAUGGAAUUUGUAAUGCCAUUGUUACAUUAUCAUAGAUUUAUACGGUAAUGCACCUAUACAUAUAUACUAUAUACACUAGUCGCAAUUGCAAAAUUCUGAUAUAUCAAAUCAAAUUAAAAAUAAUUUAAAUAAAUUUUAAAUUCAAUCGUUACAUACUAUAAAAUGAAAUCGCUUCCUAUGUCUCUUCAAUUAUAUGUUAAAUUACGCAUCGGAUUUUAAUACAGUUUUCAGUAAUAGAUAGAGUGAUUCAAGAGGAAGGUUUAUAUGUGUAAUACAGCUGACCCGCGCAAUUUCCCCACCUUUUGCAAUAUUUUUCAUUGCAACUCCGCUUAAUAGCUAACAUACCUUAAAGCCUUCCUCGAUAAAUGGACUAUCCAACACGAAAAAAUAACAAUUCGAACCAGUAGUUCCUGGGAUUAGCGCGUUCAAACAA